AUGGCUUUAGUAGAGCUACAUAAGCUCAAUGGCGACACCUCUUGGCUGAUCCGACUUCCAAGAGAUCCAACACAAGAUGCUAAGGACUCCACGUUCUACAAUCUCGUUCUCGACCCAUGGCUGCAUCCAACACCGCAGGUAGAUGGUUCGCCGAUCUUCUCCCGCCAAACUCGAAUAGAGCCAGCUUCGUCCAAGUCACUGGCUGAGCUUGACCACUGGCUGUCCUCUCAGUCGACAAGAGAGCGCAUAGAUGCAGUGCUUUUUAGUCAUCCCUUCAGCGACCAUCUUCAUGAGGAUUCAAUCAGUGAUGCCGAUUCACUGGGCGUACUUCAACGAGCCACCAUAUUCACGACCGGAGAUUCCCUCUCUGCCUUUCGAUCGCUCAAGAUUGCAAAGUCGCUCUACAGGUCCAAGAUCAUCGACAUUUCCUCUGCUAUGGUAAAGCGGGAUGCGGAUCAACACAGCUACACGCCGUCAGGGAUAUCGGUCGAGCAUCUGCCAGCAAAAGAUUGGGCCAUGUCUCCGGCCUGGAGCAAGCUUCAUGGUGGGAUCCUCAUCUCUUGCAGCAACGGCGCGAAUACAACGCAAAUCCUUUACUCGCCGCAUGGCAUGACGCCAAAAUCGCUUCCAGCUAGCCUCCUGCCGAAGGACGCUGCUGCAGGGAAACAGGAGCAAAAGAGGGUCCUGAUACACAGCUUCGACCGCCAGACACUGCCACUCAUCGGUACAGUCGCAUGCGGCUUCCCUAACAUUAUAGACUUGAUACCCACGUUUAAGCCAGAUAUUGUGCUGGCUACACACGACGAGCAUAAGCAAGGGGAAGGUAUUGUUGGACGUUUGCUUUCUCGAGAGGCUUUUGCUCUGCAAGAGGCUAAAAGGCUCGUCGAGGAACGUCAUCCUGACUCGGGUGCCGUGCUCAAGCAGUUGCAGCCCGGUGAACACCUCUCCAUUUCCUGA